CUGAAACUAAAUGCAUUGGAUAUUGGAUGUUGGUUGCCAUGUUACGCAUAAGCAGAGAUUAUUUUGAAUAUGGCUUACGUAGUCUGAAAAAAACUUCGGGUUAAAAUGAAUAUACCAUCUGGAACUGAGCUGGAUAUAACCCAGAGGGCAACAGACUAUGUGGAUAUUGCUAAUGAUGUGAUAUUGGAAGAGAAUAAUGAUAAUGAUGCUGCUGCUGAUGAUGCUAAUGACUGGGAUAAUCAGGAAGAAGGUGAGUUGAUAAACAGACCCCAGGCUAAUGAAACUACAGUACCUGAAGAUUUCAGUGAUCGUAACGAAUCUUCUGUUAAUGAAAUCAAUGGAAAUGUCAGUCAAGAGUAUAAAGAAUUGAAUCCACUCUAUGUACCUGAUGCUUAUGCUAAACUUCCGGAUAGCUUUGAUUCAUUCACGUUUCCACAAUCGUAUAAAGAGAACAACUUGAAAGAACGACGUCUUAUUGAUACUGUGAAAAUUUUCGCCGACAAUAUGCUCACCUAUGUCCUGAUCGGACAAAACUCUUGUUAACACCAAAAAAUGAAUGUGGUAUAGAGAAAUUCGUUUGUACUACACUAACCACAACUCAACUACCUCAUCCAGAGUUAGAUACAUGGGAUGGUGCAGCCAAGUUUGUUGCCAAUUUUCUUGAUUUCGUACCGUUGGUACCAUCAACCGAGCUGCCAAAACGCCUUUUAAGUCCAAUGACUACAGUUGAACUGCAAAAAGGAACUUGUUUUGAAUACGCUACACUACUGUGUUCACUACUAAUAGCAGUUGGCUAUGAUGCCUUUGUGGUAAGUGGUUAUGCAACUAGAGAGUGUUGUUAUCUGGAUGAAACAAGAGAAACCUGUCCAUAUCUUGUUGAACAAAAGGUAGAAGAAGUAGAAGAGGAAGAACCGAAGCCGAAAAAAUAUCUUAUCAAACCUCCCAAAGAUUUGACAUCAAAGUAUGAACAAGCAGUUGUGGCUAGAGAAUUACAGGCCGAGAUAGAACGCAAUAAACAAGCAAAAAAGGAGGCCGAAUUAGCUGAAGAAGAACUAUACAAGCCAACUGCUGACCCACUUUUCGGUCUUCGAGUACAUGCAUGGAUACUAGUAUUGCCGGGAAAACGCGAAGUGCCUGAAGGUUUUUUUAUUGAAACACUGACUGGUCUUGCUAAACCAUUAGACUGUUCAAUGUAUCUAGGCAUAGAAAGUCUAUGGAAUAAUCAUAACUACUGGGUGAAUAUGCAAGACUGUUCAACUGGAAUAUCACAUUUAAAAUACAAUUUAACCGAUGGUUUAUGCUGGGAAUACAUACUACCGACCUGUAGAUUAUCUAUCAAAUAUGAUACUGUCCAGUCAACAAAAAUUCCACACAGAAAGCCAACUGAAUUAAUCCCUUCAUCAUGUGAUAUUGAUAGUGUGCAAUCAACAUUGAAUUUUAACUACCUUAGCUUUGGAAAUAAAAAGUCUAUUGGGUGUGAUUCUCAACUGAUUGUUCCUAAUUCAAUUAAAUUAAAAACAGAUAAGCACGAACCACCUUUAAGUUCAGAUAGUUACGAAGAUUAUGCCAGUAACGGUAGUUUGCCUAGUCUACAUACAGGUGGUGUACAUAUUAAACCAUUAGCUAAUUUACAGGAUAAACUGUUAUUAUUUGACUUACCACCAACUUGGACAUUACCAAUUAAUAUUGAACAAGGAUUAUUUGAAUUGCGUUAUCCAAAAGGCUUUAAGAAAAAGAGAUACAAGUAUUCAUUAUUGGAAAAUUAUGCACCAUAUUCACAGAAUGAUGGUCUUGUUCUACGCCUAACAAUUUAUCAAGAUCGUGAAUUAACAAAUCCUACUGAAAUUAGGGAAACAUUUGCUAAUCGAGAGGAUAAAUUAAUUAGUCGCACUACACUACUGAAAACUAAUUGGAUAGUAGAGAAAUUUGAUCAUGGUCGUGAUGCUAUCCAUCUUGCUGAACAUGGUUAUUUUAAAACUCAACAAAGUUUACAUACUGUACGUUAUAUGACAUUUUAUCAUGACGCUAGAGUGGAUGGUUUAGAAAAACGUGAACAAACAACAACUACAAUGAUUGAACAUUUCAAAAGUCGUCAUGAUCGUCUAUACUAUCGUGAAGUACAUUUCGGUGCAAAAAUGAAGAAAUUUGGUCCAGCAUCACCUCAGAAUAAAGAAAAUUCUCAUGCGCUUACAUUAUCAACAUCUAAUCAACUGAAUAUCGAUAAAAUUAUUGAAAGAUUUACACGUGAUGAAACAGUUGAUGCUGAUGAAGAUAUCGCUGAACGAGUGUUCAACAUAACUGAAGAAAGAAUAUUUCUUACCUAUCAUGUUGGCAAAGAACGUAUUAUUCCAUGCACUCGAGAGUUUAUUAAACCACCACCUUCAGAAGACAGAAGAGAUACACUACACCUUUAUCCUGAUACGCAUACAACCUUUCAAGUUGAUUUAUUUGCAAAGCCUAAAACACAAGUAGAAAUAUACAAUAUGCUUAUUAAUUUAUUAAAAGAAGAAGAGAAAUCAAAGGAUUUAGUACGUAAAUCUGAAAAUGAAAUACAGUCAAUAUUAAACAAACGUACAAAAGAAGAUUUACACGUAACAUUGAACAUUGACUUAUUUGAUACACUGCGUAAUUUAAAUGCACAAGAAUUACGUAUAGAAUUGGAACGAAUAGCUGAAAAUGAACGUAGUCGUUGUAAAGAAACUGAUUUGGACUAUUUAGAACCAUUUCUUGCUCAGAUUGAAAUGACUGAUAAUAAAUUAACACGUGAACAAGCAUUUACACUCCGUGAAGAAUGUCUACAAGAUUUUAAACAACGUUUAAUUACUAAAGCAAAUAUUAUACAAUCACGUUUUGAAAAAGAAACUGAAAAUCUACAGAAGAAACAACAAUGGUAUCAUUUAAAUCAGAUUAAUUUAAGCAAAGAAGAUGAACAAGAAUACCUACAAUAUUGUAAUGAUGCAGCCUUCAAGAUAACCACACUCGAGUCAAUGUUGGCUUGGCAUAAACGUACAGCACCACAAAAGUAUAUGGCACUAGAGAAGAAGUUGAGAUCAGAUCCAAGACUUAGUGAAUUUCUUCAAAUGAUGAAUUAAUUUAUAAGCUUUCCUAUAUGUUUUUCGUCCAUAUUCUUCUUAUUGUACCAUGUACAUGAGCUUUUUUCUGUGUAGAUAAUUGUAAAACUGAGAAAACGUUGAGAACAACUGUAAAACAGUUUGCAAAAGACUGUGGUAAAUCAGUAAAGAAUAUUCCAUAGAAUAGCAUAUUCAGACUACAUUUUGGAAUGUGGUAUGGAUAGUUGUCAAGCUGAAGAAUUUAAGUUGGAAUAAAGCAACAGUUAGUCAUGGACAGAAGGUGUUUAAAGUAGAAAUUAACAUUUUAGGAUUUCAGGUCACAAAACAGAAGAAAAUUUUGAGCUUCAUAAUUCGAGUACAGUUCAAUGUGACCAGGAUAAUCCCAUUGGAUAAGUAAGUUAUGUGAUGAACAAAAUAGGAGGAAGUAUUCAAGCAUUUUUUUGUGCGAUUUUGUGUCCAUUAAAAUUCUAUACGUACUUAUGUAUAUUAGUUCAAUAAAAAAAUCGUCCUCACUGUUAUUGGCCAGGACUUGUCUUCUGGUGUUUUUGUGGCUCAGUAAAGCAUGGAUUCUUAUGGCUAGUUGAACUGUUUCAGUACACUUUAGAAGCAUUGUUUGCACUACAAUCCACUCAGCCAUCCUAGUAGUAUUUACUUAAUGACUUUUUCUACCUUAUAGUUUGC